ACAUGACAGCUACUCUUGUUUGGGUCGCGCGUCUUUUCCACUUGGCGGGUGUUUGUGGAGCGGCGCUGCGGUCUCCUCAGCUCAAAGAUCUUCUUUUUUAUUUAAACUGCUGCGGUGACCAUGUCUGAGCGGAGCGCACACAGCGCACACCAGCAGAAAAGGAGCCAGGACUCGUCCUGGUGGUCCCACAGCAGGAAGAGAGGCGUGGACGGACACCUGCGCAGCAAGGCUGAGGACGCAGAGACGGGGAGGGACAGGGAGGACCGGCAGCAGGACCGCAGGCCUGACAGCUUCACCACCCCGGAGGGCUCCGGCCCCGUGUCCCGCUGCGACUGGGGCCGGCAGGUGGAGGACGACGAGUUGAGGAGGGACGUUCACAGAGACAUGCAGCGCUACAGACGGAGGAUCCUGGGAGCAGACCUGAGCCAGAGAGAGAGGAAGACGUCUUCUGGCUCCUCAGGAAGCUGCGACUCCAAGGAAGGAGACAACAUGGAGACGGACGAAGCCACGUUGCUACGGCGACAGAAGCAGAUCAACUACGGCAAGAACACGCUGGCCUACGACCGCUACAUCAGGGAGGUGCCCAAACACAUGCGGCAGCCUGGAGUUCACCCCAAGACCCCCAACAAGUUCCGGAAGUACAGCCGGCGCUCGUGGGACCAGCAGAUCAGGCUGUGGAAGGUGAAGCUGCACGCCUGGGACCCCCCCUCGGAGCAGGGCCAGGACGGGACCCUGGACCACAUUCAGGAGCUGGACCUGAACGACGUCAUGGACAUCGAGCUGGACUUCCCCAGCCUGGACGCCGCCCCGCCCGCCCCCCCCCGCCCGCGGCCUGUCCCUGGAGGAUGAAGACUGUGUGGGAACUCCAGUCAAGCUGAUGAAGAUGGAGGCGGACCUGGACCAGGACCGGGACCGCCUGUAGACCUGCUCCUCUCCUGGUGGCUUUUAUUCUCUGGGUUCGGACUUUUAUCGGCGUGGUUCUCAGGGAGUCUUGUUCCGGGUGAGCUUCAGGAUGCGGGGACCCGGCAGCCGUGAGGAGAACCGAGGGUCCGGUUCCGCCCCGGGACCGCCGGGAGCCUGGGAGGCUCUCAUGGUUUCUUUUGAGAAUCCAGAGGUCUGGGGGGGGGGGGGGGGGGGGGGGCUGCUUCCUGUUGCUCACCGCUCGUUUGUUAAUGUAAGAUUUUUUUUCUUCCUGUUUGUUUUAUAAAGAAAGUCAAAUAAAAUUGAAGACGAUGU